GUGAGUUGGGUAGGGCCAUCUCCAGGUCUGAGGAUUUAUCAUGAUGUUGUUCUCCAGGGACAGAGAUAAGAACGUUGGAUGCGGAGCAGGAUUGCGUUUCGUUUGCUAGGAGGUUACUGGGUUACUAGCUUAAUUUCUCAGAACUGUGUGAAGAACAGAAACAGAAUGAGUCGUUUCUUUAUGUUGUUACUGUCCGUCAUCUGCUCUGCUUGUAUUGCUGUUGGAUCAGCGUGUGAAGGGGUGGAUUGUGUGAAAGCUAAACUCUCGGAGAAGCCAACUCAAAAUGCCGGGUACCUGAAUCAGUUCAACGAGAUGAAUUCACCCACCGACAACCGAAAACGUAGCGACGCCGGAUCCGUCUUACCUUUCAUCGGCCUCACAGGAAGCGCUAAACAGAGUCGAGACUGCUGCAAAAAUGGUGGGAGAUGCAUACUAGGAAGUUUUUGCGCCUGCCCUAAACACUUUAGUGGUCGGAGCUGUGAAUACGAUGAACGCGUGAGGUACUGUGGCGUUAUCCCUCAUGGAGAGUGGGUUCAGAAGGGCUGCUCCUACUGUCGCUGUGGAUAUGGAGUUCUCCAUUGCUUCCCCCAAGUGUUCCACAACGACUGUGAUGACUCCCAGGAAGUCUUGGGGUUUCAUUCAAAUGCCCCCAGCCAAUUUCAAACCAAGUUCCUCUGGUGCGUGGCUCCUCUGAUUUUGCAUCUUCUCUUUUGGUGAGAAAGGCCUAUAGCUGCUCAUCCUGAAGACCGUUUUGUGUCUUUUUUGUGACAUAAAAAACCCACCUUUGAAAGACUGUGAAGGAAAAUCUCAAAAGAGGCUUUAAGAUGUUAAAAAGCAGUGAAAUAAAAUUUGAGAUUACAUUUGCUUUCAGUGGAAGCUCAUGCUGUGAAAAUUGAAAGUGCAAUUUUUAUGAAAGACAGGGGAGCUGUACAUAAGAUUUUUAUUGGAUUUUUAAUAUGAACUUGGUUGUCUAGGUUUCCAAAUGGACUUAAUACUGCUAUCAUGCAUAUGAUCGCUCUUAGUGUUUGUAAACCUAAAA